AUGGGUAUUUGCAGCUCACAUGAAUUAACCACCGUGCCCACGGUGAAGCUCAUCCACAAAGAUGGCGAGCUUGAGGAGUUCUCCGACCCAGUUAGGGUUUCAGAGAUACUAAAAAGAAACCCCAGCUGCUUCAUAUGCAACGCUGAUGCUAUGAACUAUGGUGCCUGCAUUCCAACCAUUGAUGGUGAUGAAGAACUUCAACUUGGUCAGCUUUACUUUGCUUUGCCUUUCGAUUGGCUAAAUAGGAGGCUUAGCCCUCGGGAGAUGGUUGCCUUGGCUGUUAAAGCAAGUUUGGCUCUUAAGUCCAGUGGUGGACAAAAGAUUUUGCCUUGGUCAAGAAGGGUUGUUCCCAUGGUUUAUGCUAGCAACAAGGCUGUGGAGUGUAGUAGAGUGGUCGGUGGUGGAAGCCACGGUGGUAAAGGAUCGGAGGUGAAGAGGAAAGGCAGGGAUGUUGGCCGGAGAAGUAAAAUAUUUAGUCCAAAUUUAAGUGUCAUCACUGAGUAA